AUGAAGCUGUCCAUCUUCCUCCCUCUAGCAGCCUUCCUCGCCAUGACGGCUGCGGAGAUGGCAAAGCCAGUGGAGAAUGUCAGCCCCUGCUUGAACCAUUGCCUCACCGAAGCCGCUGCCGUCGCGGGCUGUAUUUCGCAGUACGAUACCAAGUGCACCUGCACAAGCCCAGCGAUGCGAGAUACCACCGACAAAUGCCUGAAAGCCGCUUGUACAAAAGAAGAUGGGGAGGCUGCUCUCGCGUUACAUCAGAAACGCUGUGGAACAACACCUGAUGAGAAUGACGACUGA